AUGACACUCUGUGGCAGAGGAGACGAGCACCAUGGAGCAAGGGAGCGGCCACGGCAGAAAGACAAAAGAGAGGCGCAGCGGGAGGAGCUGAAUGAAAACGAAUCCAAGGUUUGCUUUUUCAACUUGAGGAAUCUCAGGGAAGAAAACAGCCUGUCUCUAGUUGGGGUGUCAGCUGACAACUUGCGUGCCUUGGCAGAGACCAAGAGGACGGGGGUCCUGCAAGCCAUCUGCAAGUAUCGCCAGAGCAUCCACAAGAUCUCUCCAAGGCACAGACUGCGCAUUAAUGAGAUCCUGCAGGCUGUGAUCAGGUCAGCCAGCAGCAUAGACUACAGACUGGCUAAUGUCAUCAUCAAGCUGGCCUCUGAGGAUAUGCUGAGGACAACAGAUCUCCGAGACCUGUACCAGGACGCGGCUGGUGAUAUCCUGGUGGCCCUCUGGAAUCACUUCCCUGCCGAAGUGCUGGCCAAGCUCCUGGAGGGGUUCCAAGGCAGGCUGCUUCCAUACCGCAGCAUUCUCUGUGUGUUGGGCAAACUGGCAAAUCAAGCAUUUUCAGAGAGCGACUCCUCAAAGCUAGAUGUGUGGGAGAGAAAAUUGGUGGAGUUUGUGGAGAGGUUGUUGAUCGAUAUCACAGACAGAACUUGUUGCGAGGAGCUCCUUCACAAGCUGCUGAAAGGCGACGAGGUUGACCAGAGCCGCUCUGUGGAGAAGGUCUUCCUCUAUCAAUAUUACGGUGCCAUAAUACGUGUUUCUGAUAACUCUCAGUUAGUCCAAGAGCACCUCUGCAAAAUCUUGGCAUUAUCUCACAGAGGACCAACAGAAAUGAAGGGAAUUGCUUCCGCGGUAGGCUUAGCUGCAUCUCGUCAUCUCGAUGAGGUUUUGCAAGCAUUGGAGGAUUUCAGCAAAACAAUUUCUGCCGAAGAGACACCUGUUACUAGAACAAGCCAGUACUACUGCUGGAACACCCUCUUGCUCUGCUAUGGCCGCCUGGCACUGGGGAUCAAAGACGAAGUUCUCCCUAGAGUGGAACUUAUCAUGGCCAAAAUGAUCGAGUAUUUCACAAUCAACCCAUUGGACAUGAACUUGAAGAAAAGCUUUUUGAUUGCUGUGCUGAUGUUCCUUGAGGCUGUUGCUGCAACAGGUAAAGCACAAGGCGUGCAGCUGCACAUGAAAACAACGCUUGUGGAAUGCCUGAUAGUGCUGAUUGAAAGAGAACCUCUCAAUAUGCUGGUCAACACAGUACGUCAGGAUGCGAUGUACAUAGUUAAAGAAAUUAGCCAGCUGAAACCUCUCCUUGAGACAGAAAUGAAGUCUAGCCUUCUCUGUGCAUCCUUCAAAAGUAUAUUCUGCCUAUUUCCACUAGACGUGCUGGAAAGGAAUUACUGUGCAGGGCUAAUUGCAGUGCCUUCUUUCUCGCUUCAGGGGCUCUACCAUCAGGCUAUGAGCAGCCUUGAAGAAAUGCUGCAGGGCUUGCUGUUGGAGAAUCCACACCCCAGGGAGCUUAGGAACAUGCUGGAGCUCAUGGAGCCAUGGAUGACGUCCACACUGGAUCACGAGCGAGAGAGAGCAGUACAGACGGCAAUGAAGCUUUUGAAAUUUGUAGCUGAAUGUUUCCACUGUGAUCUUUCUCAGGAAUUCAGCCAGUUCGCCCACCUCACUGCUGUUCUGCUUGUGCUGUGCAACGAUCCAGCGGAAUGCAUCAGUUCAUCGGCUGUGCAAGGCGUCAGCUGCCUCUGUGAGGUACUGCUGCGGCGGAAGAGCCUAAAGCAGAGGACGCAAAAGAGGAGGAAGUGGUCAGUGAUGAAGACCUCAAAGCUGCAGGAAACAGGCUCUCUUGGUCUAACAGAGAGUGAAUGGCAGAUUGCAAUGCACUGUGAAGACCGGCUCUUCUCAUCACAGCUGACCAACCUCCUGCUGUCUGCACUAGAUAGUUUGAGAAGGUCUGACACCGAGUUGCUGAAGGCAGCGGAGGAAGUGCUGGAUGCCGUUCUGCAGAACCACGUGAGGAAGAUUGAAAGGGUGAAAGAUGUGGUGGCAGCCAUCUCUAUCUGCUUACAGCUUCGGCAGUCUUCCUACUGGACCCGGAAGGUGGUGCUGAGGGUGCUGACUCUCAUGAUCCCCCAUCACAUGGAGGAGGCGGUGCAAAGCUGCCUGUCCUUUGCAAUACCCAUCGAGAGGCACGGCAAUGAGCUCUGGACAGCCAUGGCUGCAGGACCUCAGGUGGCCACCCAAGUCCUCCAACUUUUGCUGAAGAACCUCCAGGCCAAAGAUCCUCGGGAUGAAAGCAGCACCACAAUGUCCCUGGCUGCAAUGAACGUCAUCCGUGAAACGUUCCUCAUUCCAGGAUACCGGGCAGCCCUUGUGGAGAUGCACCUUCAGUUAUUCAUCCCGUCACUCAAACAGGUCCUGUACGUGAUGCAGCUGGACUUGCCCGAGUCUCUGAGAGCCCAGCAGGAGUUCAUCCUGAGAGAAAACCCCAGAGCCCUCAGCUUCCAGAGUACUUCAGUGGAGAUAAUGAAGAGCCUGUUCUCCAUUACGGGGGAAUGGGAGGUCUAUGCUUGCAUUGAAUUCCAGCAAGGAUGGAGAGUGCUGUGUGGCCCCCAGCAGUUCUUACAAGGCACCCGUCUCAUUGCAAGAGCAAUGGCCGAGUGUGGCAGCUCUCAGAUCCCUGGCAUCUUUGGGGAGGCAGCUCUCAUACUCAGCAGCGAAGAGGAUGAGUUGAAGAAGAUGACAGCGUUGGCUCUAGUGAUUGAGUUUCUCAAGAGUCCAUCUGCUGUCAAGAUGAUGAACAGGUUCAGCCUUAAAGACCAUCUCGAGGAAGGCUUGGCAGCUUCGAAUCCUAUCAUAAAAGAGCUUUGUUGGAAAGGACUUAGCAGUUUUGUUUUCCAGCAAGAGAAGGUUAAGUUCCUACGAGACCAGCUGCCUGCCUUGAUAAACUCUGUGUUUGGUGGACUUGAAGAAAACAUCCUCCAAGGGCUGAAGGACAUAAUGGCCGCAGUCUAUGACAUGGACGGCCAAGGGAUUGGGCCCAUCAGUGUCGACCUUGCUCUGAACGUUCGCUCGUUUUUUGAGGAUGAAAGUGCAGCUGUUCGUGCCGCUGCCAUAUCACUGUUUGGGCAGCUGGUGACGAGAGCAAAAGAAGCUGACAAGGCCGUCCUAAAGAAGGAAGUGGUGUACAGCCUUCUUGCUCUGCUGCUCCAUUUGAAAGACAGAGACAACACUGUGGCUAUGGCAUGCAAACUGACCCUCUUGAAUUGUGGAAUCUUUCUUGGAUGGGCUCACCUGAAGUUGAUGUUUCGCAGCAUGGCUUGGGCGGACACCUGGAGCUGCUUGGUGAAUGUGUGGAAGAAUCUGAUGAGGAACAACCAUGAUAAUAUCCAUAUUUUCAUCUCUCAGGCGUUGGGUUAUCUUCAUCACCCCCAGAUUGAGAUAAGACACACUGCAACACGCUUCAUUGGUCACACUCUCAACUAUUACAGCUCUCAGCUAUCAAAAAACCUCGACCAGGACGACAUCUGCCACCUUACCAAAGUUUUCCAGGCAAUGGAAUCCAGCCCUGAUUCCACCAUGGCAAACUUCGCAAAAACGUACCGAGUGAUUUUGCAAAAGCUGACUGUGAAACGGAGGCUUGCUGGAGCUGGAGAAAGGAGCGGCCAAGCGCUUGACAGCAGCAGCCAGGACGGGAAACAACUCAGCGAGCUGGAAGAGCGAGCUGUCAGCCCCAUGUUGCAGCUAGAAGGAACGCCAGUGCUGAAGAGGAGGGAAACUCUGGAAGUGCCAACACCCACGCGGACCAAGAGACCAUUUGCCCAGAGAGGCAGUAGUAUUUUUCCAUUCCAACCAGAUCCAACCCGGUGAGUGUUGACUCUCCUGGCCAGCACAAGUUUCUCAUGACCAGAGAGGGUGGCUCCCAGCUAGCCCACAGCAGGAGCAGAACCUGGCAGAACUGGUCAAGGCAGCAGAAUCCUAUCUUUACUACAUGCAUCCAAAACCUAGGAACCGUUUGGAUAACCCCAUCAGAGAGACGUGGAGCAUCCUUCUGUUUCACACAGGCUGCAGGGCGUAUCCUGACAGCCAACAAGGAUCUCACUAUUAGCUGCAUUGUCGUCAUCAGCCAUGCCUCCAAGCCUCUCGAGACAAGUGGGCAACCCAUGCAAGCUCCUGCCAGAUUCCACGGUGGGAAGCUCGUCCCCCAGUUCCACAGCUGGCUGCAGCCUCA